CACCAUUUAUUUAUUUACUUUUUCAACCAAUGUACCCUCUAAUUUUUUUUUACAGCUGUACAUAUCAACCAUAGGUCUGGGCAGGAAAUUUUUACAUGGCCUGAAAAUUUUGCAGCUCAUUAAUUUUUCUUGAAAUAUGCACAUCAAACAAACACAAAUCACAACAUAAGUAAACGGUGUCAGGCAGUCCUAACAAAAGACAGGCACAAUGGCAAAAGUCAAACGUUUUGAUUAGACAGCAUUGGCAUUCAGCGGGCUGGUGUUAUAUUAACAAUGAGCUACCAACUUCCAUUCUGUUUAUUGUUACAAUUUGUAACAGUGCUGUAACUGCAAACACUGACAAUGUAAAUAUGUUUAAGGUCUACAAUUUUUCAAAGUAAUGUUUGUGGUAUAUAUUAUUUAGAAAAUCUAUGGAUUAUAUGUAUAAACACAAUUAAUUAUAGGGUAUUCCACUAAUAACAUAGAUUUCUAAAUUAUAUUAGCCUAAUUUCAAAAUUAUAUUAACAUCAUAUAAAAUUCUAGCAGCACGGCAACAAAGGCGAUGUGAGCUGGAGCAUUUCAGUUACUUCAUGGCUGUGAAGCCAUGCACCCACGCAACUUAAGAGGGAACUGUUCGCAAUUUACAAUAAUUUUAAUAUCUUUGCAUAGAUUCCUUCUGCAAAACAACACAUUUCAUGUCUUAUAAGUCAGUGGCGUUAAAUCUGCUUCUGCUUCUGAUUGUUUGAAAUUGUUGAACAAUUCUGAAUACAGGAGGAACAGGGAGUUCAAAGUAAGACAGUCCUAAAGAACAGUUUCAGCCUGAAACCUGUAUUCGUAUUCCUCCAUAGAUAUUAUCAGACGUAUUAAUUCCCUGGACUCUAGUUUUGUCUGCGUUGAUCCAGAUUUCCAGCAUCUCAGUCUCUCCAGGGAACAGGAACGUGGAUGUACUGGCGGACUGAGGUGGGGUUGGGAGUGUUCUGACAUUUCCAUGAGGGGAACUGAGCGACUAUAUCAUCACUGCCUCAGACAGAUAAACUCUUCUCGGGCUUCCAGCCGGGUACAGCUACCGGUUUCAGGUUAACGUUGAUACCUGCACCCGGCUGGAAACCCGAGAAGAGUUUAUUCGACAUAAACGUCGGGAAAGCGCGAGAUCCAUUUUCAGCCUCAGACAGGGUCCAAUUUUCUUGUUAUCUGCUUGAAGUAUUUACAUUCCCAUCCCUCGCGAUUAAGGAGAAGUUUGUGAAACAAAACAACGUGAAAUGAAUAAUCCUCGCUUCGGGUGGUUAUUCUUUUAAGGUUUAAUCGACAGUUUGAGUUACCGUGCCCUGAUUUCAGGUUUCCUCGCGAUCACUGCCGCGUGCGGCUCGAGGCAGGCCACCCUUGGGUGCGGUAGAAGGGCGACCUCCCGUGAGAGCGCUGUACUCGCGAGACGUCGCCCUUGGAGAUGAGAGUUUGUGAUGGCGACGGCGUUGGUGGGGCAAAGCCGGUGGCCGGCUGAGGGGUAGGUGAGUGCGUCUCCGUGUGACUGACAGUGCCGUGCGCCCGCUUCCUUCCCCGCAUAUCGACUUGUCCGACCGGAGGAAGCGUUCCCUUUUCAGGUUCUGCCUGGGGAGUAAUUGGCAUGUGCAUAUGCAAUCAUCGAUGGGACAGACACCUUGGUUUAAUGCCUCUGGAUCUGAUGCAGAACAAAGUCUAAAGUUUGAAGAUGAAGACAGCAGAUUUACUAGUAACUAUAAGCAACCGUCAUCACUGUGGAAACUAAUAGAGGAAUGUGUCCCUCCAACUGAGAGAGAUGAAAUCAGAGUAAUUCUAGGAGAAUCAGCAGUGGACCUCAACCAGGACUUGCAUGCAGAGGUGGCUAUGCUGUGGGAAAUCUGGCAAUCGAUGAAAACAAGCAGAUUGACUUCCUGUCACUCACAUGUGGUGCUACCAGAAUCUCCUGCAAUCAAAGAUUUGCUUCGCCAGGAAAUUCAACUUCUACUUUUAAAUAUUCAAAAUAAAGCACACAAAGAGGGCAGGGAUGAGAGUGAUGCAUUUUCAUCUUACAAUCCUGAUGUUGUCAGUUUUGCACUGGGACAAAAUAAAGCUGCAAAUAUGCCAAACAGAUCUGGAAAUCCGAAGAAUGCGAAAGAUAAAUGGAUAUUUUUGCAAAGCUCUCAAACUGUCAGCAACUCUGAAAGUGAAAGCUUUUCAAGUCUUUCCCAUUUAAAGAAUGAUGUGGAAGCUGUAAAGGACAAGGUUAAUAUUACAAAUAUUGACGAGAUUGUGGUGCAUUUACAAUCUAUUUUACAAGAAGAAUCCAAAAUGUUGGAGAAAUAUACCCAGUUCUUACAGGAGUGUUUAGAAGAAGAACAUAACCGCAGCUUGGAGCCCAAGAUACAAAUAGCAGUACCAUCAAUUGCAGAACUGCGAGAGGAACGGAAAAUAUUAGAACAGGACCUGCAGUUGUCACCAACUUCAAUACAAAGUCUGGUGCAAGUUCACAAACCAUCUGGGUACAGAUCCUCCUCGAGAUCCUGUGGGAGAGCAGUGAGAUUGAACAAUCCAGCUCUCAACCCAUCAGAAGGAGGUCACUGCUCAGCAGUAAUAUCUAUCCAGUCAGAACCAGAUCUAGAGCAGAGGAUGAAGCGGCACAAUAUAUCACCUCUGGGCGAAUCCAAUGCUAGUGGAACUAGAGACAGUUCUACAAAAUUGGAAUAUUCUGGAAUACUCAAUAUCUCUUCACAGAGAACAUCUUCUGCGGCUGUGGACUUAUCAAUACCUACUCUCCAUGGCAAGGGUGCGUCAGCAAUGUAUCUUGCACCAAAAGUUGUGUGUAGUCCUGUGGUUUAUUCUAAGGUGAACUCUCACAGUAAAAUUGUACAGAAAAUGGAUGAGAUGCCAAGGACUUCAAGUCCAAAGAAAAUGGAGACUGCGCCUGAAAGAAAUAAUAUAGAAGAAUCACCAUUAUUACAAGAAGGAAGACAAAAGUCAUCAGUUCAUUCCCAGUCAACCAAUAAUUUUCUGACGGGCCAGCAGUCAAUUGCUUUUUCCUCCCAGACUGGAGUUCAUUGCACUAUAGAAAAUAAUAGAACAUUGUUGUCAAGUUUGAGAAGCCCUACUGAAGUGCCUAAACAGGAUGGCUAUGUUCUUAAUCCAACACCACCUACCACUGAGAAACCCAUUAGUACACAGGGCAAGUCCACACACAGAUUGAGAAGAACCCACAGAGACAGCCUCAUUGGUCAUACAUAGAAUGCCAGUUUUCAGAGAACUGGCCCAGUUUAGAAUUGUGGUUUGAGUUGAAAUAACCAAUGUGUUAAUUACAAUUAAAUAAUCUAGGUUAUAGUAAAUGUUCCAAAGAUUGUGGCAUUUUUGAUUAAUUUACAGUACUUCAAUCUACUACUUCAUAUUUUAUAUCAUGCUAAGUAAAAAUAAAAAUGACACUCAAUUCCAAAGAUGUUUAUUUUCUUGUGAAUUUGAAGAAAGCAUCAAAAUUUAAAUAAACUUUAUAAAUGUUUUACUGAAAAAUGAUCUUUUUAAACAUUGAGUUGGAUUCUUCAUUUUUUUCCUAUCUAAAAUACCCAAACACUUUAUGUAUGGUACAAGCUAUUAAAAUACUAACAUUAGAAGUAGGGAUAGGCCUUUUGUCCCCUCGUGUAUGCACCAUCAUUCAAUAAGGUUAUUGCUAACCUUUAACCUGAGCACCACUUUCCUACAUCAAAUCAAAAUUCCUUGAUUCUCUCAAUAUUUAAAAACUGAAUGGUCUCUUUAUUAAACUUAUUAAUCACCUUGAGUUCUCACACCUUCUUGAAGUGGAAAUUCCAAAGAUUCAUGCCCAGUCAGUAAAGGAUUGUCUUCUUGCUUCCAUCCUUAAUAGCCAAACUCUCAUUUUGAGGUUGUUGCCCAGUCUUUUAGAACUAGGCAGCUGAAACAUUAUCCAUUCUUUAAUCCUCCUUUAAUUCUGUACAAUGCAAUGUGAUCACCUCUUGUUGUUAUUAUUAACAUUGUGUAUAGGCUUGUUUAAUUAACCCUGUCUUAUACAACAAGCUCACCAUUCUAGGACUCAAUCUAGUCCUAGCCUUUGCUAUACUUCCUCUCUCACAAGCCUAUCCAGCCUUGACCAGAUCCAUGUACAACAGUCCGGCCAUGAUCAUAUCUUACCUUUCUUAACAUAGGCUAACAUAUCAUUUGCUUUCCUAAUUACUUGUUAUAUCUCUGUGUUAACUUAGUGCUUUGAAUACAAGGACAUUGAACAAUAUCUUUUAAUCUUUCAUCACACAACAUUUUCUCAACUAAAAUAGAUUACCUCAUUUUCAGAUUCAGAAUCAGAGUCAGAAUCAGGUUUAAUAUUACUGGCAUAAGUUGUGACAUUUGUUGUUAUGCAGCAGCGGUACAUCGCAAUACAUAAUAAAAACUAAAUUACAGUAAGAAGUAUAUACAGUAUAUAAAAAAGUUAAAUAAGUAGUAUAAAAAGAGGAAAAAAUAGCAAAGUAGCAUUUGUGGGUUCAGUGUCCAUUCAGAAAUCUGAUGACCGAGGGGAAGAAGCUAUUGCAUUCAGGCUCCUGUACCACCUCCUUGAUGGUAGCAAUAAGAAGUGGGCACAUCCUGGAUGAUGGAAGUCCUUAAUGAUGUAUGCUGCCUUUUUAAGGCAUCGAUCCUUGAAGGUGUCCUGAAAGCUGGGGAGGCUAGUGCCCAUAAAGAAGCUGACUGAAUUUAUGAAUUUCUGCAGCUUAUUUUGAUCCUGUACAGUGCCCCCCACUAUACCAAUGUUUUUUCUUCCAUAUUCUAUUCCAUCUGCCACAUCUGUGACUAUUUACUUAAUUUGUCUCUAUCUCUAAAAAUCCUCUCUCCAUCCUUGUUACUGUCCACACUGCCACCCACCUUUACUCAUCAGCAAACUUAAAUAUAUUGCACUUAUCUCUUCAUUCAAACUGUUGAUUUGAAUUUUAUACAUUUGAACUGUUUUAAACAAUCCCUGUGGCAACCCAUUAAUCUUGCCCUCCCAGACUGAAAAUAAUCAGUUUAAAUCUAUUGUUAACCAAUCCUGAAACUACAUGACUACCUUUUAUACUGUGUAUUCCGUUUGUUUAAUAAUAGCCACUUUUGUGGCAUCUAAUUGAUGAUCUUCCAAAACUCCAAACACUUCAGUUCACCUUUUCCCCCUUAUCUAUUCUAUCAAUUUUAUUUAUCAAAAAAGAUUUCAUUUUUAUAUGUAUAUCUAUGAAUCCUCUUUAUAAAAGCUAAUAUUAUUUUCCAUGAGCUGUCUUACAUUUUUCUUUUUAUUAUAUUCCAGCAUGCACAAUUCUGUUGGUGUUAAGUUAGCUCUUCUAUAAUUUAUUGUUUUCUUUCUUCCUCUUUUGCUUUCUCCACUUUCCAAACUGUGGGAAUAAUUCUUGGACCUAUGGAUCUCUGGAAGUUGACAACCAGUAUAUUCAAGAUCUCCAUAAACAUUACUUUAAACCUUGUGAUGCAAGUAAAAAUGUGCUAGGGAUUUAUCACCUUUCAUUAUCAUUUGUUUAAACACUACAUUUUUUAUUAAUCCUAAUUUCUUAUAGCUUCACAUUCACUCUAGAUGUUCUCCAUAGUUUUAUUCAGAUGUCUGUUUUCCAUGAACAAAAUAUAAAAUAUGUAUGCAAUAGCCUUGCCAUUUCCUUACUCCCUAGCAUAAUUUAUUCACUUUGACUGUAAGAUGUCUGCAUUAACUUUGACAAACCUUUUCCUUUAUACAUGUUUAUAGAAGAUAUUACAUUUUGGAUUUCCCGUAGUGUGAUUAUGGGAAGGUAAAGGUUCUGAGUGCAGGAGAUUGACCAUGAGUUUACUCAAUGUUUUAGAAAAAUGAGGGGGGGAUCUCAUUGAAACCUAUCGAAUAUUGCAAGGCUUAGAUAGACUGGACAUGGAGAAGAUGUUUCUCAUAGUGGGAGAGUCUAGGACCAGGGGGUACAACCUCAGAAUAGGGGAACCGUUAUUUAGAACAGAGAUGAGAGGGAAUUUCUUUAGCCAGAGGGAAUUCAUUGCCUCAUAUGACUGGAGGCCAGUCAUUGGGUAUAUUUAAUGCUGAGGUUGAUUGGUUCUUGAUUAGUAAUGGCAUCAAAGGUUACGGGGAGAAGGCAGAUAAAUAUGGUUGAGAGUGAUAAUAAAUCAGCUAUGAUGGAAUGACAGAGCAGACUCAAUGGGCCAAAUGGCCUAAUUCUGCUCCUAUGUCUUAUUGUGUUGCGGUGAUUGGAGUACUAAUAUGCUAAACAGACACCAGAAAUGGGCAAAUUAUGAGGAAAAUCUGGAAAAGCUAGACUUAGAAAUCCGACAAAAAACGUCUUUUUUACUUUUUUUCUUUAAUUAGGUUCUUUGGGUUUCUUGCUUUGUGGCUACCUGUGAGCAAACAUAGCUCAAGGUCAUGUAAUUUAUAUAUUUGAUAAUAAAUGUACUUUGAAUCUUUGUAUCUGCAUAGUUCAGAGCAGUAAAAGGGUUCAACUGAUACAUAAGAUCCUGAGGGGUCCUAACAGAAUACAUAUAGACAGGAUGUUUCUUCUUGUGGAGUUUUCUAGAAUUAGAAGUCAUUCUUUUCAAAUAAAGAAAUGCCAAGUUAGAGCAGCACUCAAAAUGGUGGAGGAACUCAGCAGGUCAGGGGGCAUCUAUCAUCAGGACUGGAAAGGAAGAAAGAAAAAACCAGAAUGAGGUGGUGUUUACUGAAGGGUCUUAGCUUGAAACGUUGACUGUUUAUUCCCCUCCAUAGAUGCUACCUAACCUGAUUUCCUCCUGCAUUUUGUGUGUUGUUCUGGAUUUCCAGUAUCUGCAGAAUCUCUUGUGUUUAUGAAUUGCCAGUUGGACGCAGAUUAAGCAAAUUUUUCACUCACUGAAAAUUACAAGUGUUUGGCUAACCUCCUACCUCAAAGGAGUUGUGGAAGUAGAGUCUUUUAAUAUUAAUAAUUAGAUUAUUGAUAGAUUCUUGACAUGGGGCUGAAAGAUUAUUAAAGUCCUCUGUAUUGUUGGAUAUUAUUUAGUGCUGGGGUCACACAGCUUCAAAGACCAUGGUUCAGUCCUCUCCUAGGAUUCUGUUUAUGGUGUUUGCAUGUUCUUUCUGUGAACAGAUGGAUUUCUAUAGGUGCUCCAAUUUUCUCAAACAUCCCAAAGAAUUGUGAGAUGGCAGAUCUUAUUGGCUACUGUAUAUUAUUCCUUGUAACUAGAUGGUAGGAGAAUUAAUGGAGAUGGUGAACAAAUGAAGAGAGAAGGCUGUAGAUUGCUUUUAGAGCUGGAUAGACAUAGUAGGCCAAGUAGCCACACUUGUAUCAUAAAGAAAUGUGUGUAAUCAUGUUAAAGAGCAAUUGAAUGUUUUAAUGAAGAUGUUUUCAGGAUAUCUCUUGAUGAACGAGUUGAAAUCCUUCACUUUGUAUUAGUGUUUUUCCCCAAAGACGUGAAGUGAAGUCAUGACUGAUGCCAGGGAAAGAAAAGGCACACAAUUGAUUGCUGAACAAUUUCUGAGCUGCUUCAUCUGUUGCAGCAUCUUAGUUUCAAAUUUAUACACAUUCACUGCAUGGUGACUUUAGAUCUGAUGACUUAGCAGUGAGUCACUAACACCUCUUCAAGAACAGUUACUACCCCUCAACCAUCAGGCUCUUGAACAAAAGGGGAUAACUACACUUAUUUAAGGAUUCUUUUAUAUUGUUAUUUCGUGUUUAUUAUUUUUGCUAUUUAUUUAUUAUCUACAUUUGCAGUUUGCUUAUAGUUCCUGAUAUUUACUGUUUACAGUUACUUUUCUAUAGAUUUGCUAAACAUGCCUGCAGAAAAAGAAUCUCAAGGUUGUAUGUGAUGAUGUAUAUGUACGCUGAAAAUAAAUUUUACUUUGAGCUUUGAAUUUGAAAUAUUUGAUACAUGUGAUAACAACAAUAGUUCUAAAAUCACUUUCUGUUUUCAAUGCUUCAAGGGCAAUCUUACAAUUGAGCAUUAAGGGAAAACAUGUAUAUUUGUGUCCACUUGUUUAAAGUGUCUCUCCAGAAGUCAAAUUUAAAUUUCCUUGCAUGUUGCAUAGAAUCAGGUGACAAUAUAUUCCAGUCAGAUGUUAUAGGUUCCUAGAUAGAUAUGCUUUGACCUUUGCUGGUAUGAAUGAUAUGUAUCCUACUUUGGAGCUGCCUCACCAAGGAUCUCAGGAUAUAUUUUUUCCAACCAUCUUUCUGCGCCUGUCUUGUAUAUUAACUUCUGUUGUUUUUAUCCAUUAAGGAUGCUAACAGUUUUACAUUGCCAAGGUAACCAAAUGCCAUCCCCUUCUCUCAAUCCCUUUCUCCGCUGCAUCUGAUCUCAGGAUGAAGCUUUUCAUUUCAGAACUAAGGAGCUGUCCUCCUAUUUCAAAAAAAGGGACUUCCCUUCCUCCACCAUUAAUGUUGCCCUCAUCCAUAUCUCUUCCAUCUUGCGCAUGUCUGCCCUCACGCUAUCCUCCUGCCACCCCACCAGGGAUAGGGUUCCUCGCUUCCUCACCUACCACCCCACCAGCCUCUGCGUCCAGCACAUAAUUCUCCAUAACCCCCGUGAUCUCUAAUGGGAUCCCACCAUCAAGUACAUCUUUCCCUGCCCCCAUACUUUCUGCUUUCUGCAUGGAUUGCUCCCUAUGUGACUCCCUUGUCCAUUCAUCCCUCCCCACUGAUCUCCCUUUUGGCACUUAUCCUUGCAAGCAGAAGAAGUGCUAUGCCUAGCCCUACACCUCCUCCUUCACUACCAUUCAGGGCCCCAAACAGUCUUUCCAGGUAAGGUUUCCAGGUAAGGCGCUCCCGGUGUGGCUUCCUGUAUAUCGGUGAGACCUGAUGUAGAUUAGGAGACUUCUUCGCUGAUCAUGUACAUUCCAUCUGCCAGAAAAAGCAGGAUCCAGUGGCCACCCAUUUUAGUUAUACUUCCCAUUCCCAUUCUGACACCUCAGUCCAUGGCCUCCUCUACUUCCGUGAUGAGACCAUGCUCAGGUUGGAGGAGCAACAUAUUAUUUUUCCAUCUGAAUAGCCUCCAAUCUGAUGGCAUGAACAUCGAUUUCUCAAACUUCCAAUAAUGGCCCCCCACUCUCCUUCACCACCCCCAUUCACAUUUCCCUCACUCACCUUAUAUCCUUACCUACUCAUCAACUCCCUCUUGUGCUCCUCACCCUUCCCUUUCUUCCAUGGCCUCUGUCCUCUCAUUUCAGAUUCCCCCUUCUCCAGGCUUUUAUCUAUUUCACCAAUUGACUUCCCAGCUUAUUACUGCACCUUUCCCCUCUUCUCAUCUUUUUUCUCUAGUCCUGAUGAAGUGACUCAGCCCGAAACAUCGACUGUUUACUCUUUUCUAUAGAUGCUGCUGGCCUGCUGAGUUCCUCCAGCAUUUUGUGUGUGUUGAAGGUGCAGCAUCUGCAGAUUAUUUCUUGUUUUUUAUUGAUCCUAAUGGACCAAGUAUUAUUUACUGUUUCUAUCCAAGUUGGGGGUAUGCUGACACUUGUGGACUUCUCCUAGCAUAUACUUGGACUAUGUUGGUUAUUAAUGGAAAUAAAACUGGA